AUCCGGUCGUAUAAAUGUUGCCACGAGUUAGCGGUGAAUUUGGAGAGAAUCCAUUUUGAGCAGCGGCUCUGUGUCCCUGUUUAUUCAUUUAAAGCUCUCAUCGGUCCACAGUCAGAAUGGCAGAUGCUGAGAAUCAGUUCAUGGAGACGUCGGAACAAAACGGCGAGGGAGAGGAGGACCAGAACGGAGCCCAGCAGGAGCUGAUGGGAGGCGAUGACAGCCAAGACGCAGACGGAGGCAAGAUUGAAUCCAGCAAAAGAGAGGAGGAUGCUGGUAAAAUGUUUGUCGGGGGCCUCAGCUGGGAAACAAGUAAAAAGGACCUGAAGGAUUACUUCAGUAAGUUUGGUGAGGUGGCGGACUGCACCAUCAAAAUGGACUCCAACACGGGGCGGUCACGGGGCUUCGGCUUUGUGCUCUUCAAAGACUCGUCCAGCGUGGACAAGGUGCUGGAGCAGAAGGAGCACAGACUGGACGGACGUCAGAUUGACCCGAAGAAGGCGAUGGCCAUGAAGAAGGAGCCCCUCUUGAAGAUCUUUGUCGGUGGUUUGAAUCCUGAAGCCACAGAGGAAACGAUUAGGGAAUAUUUUGUCGCCUUUGGGGAGAUUGAAACAAUUGAGCUUCCCAUCGAUCCCAAGUCAAAGAAACGGAGGGGUUUCAUCUUCAUCACGUAUAAAGAUGAAGCCAGCGUGAAAAAGUGUUUGGAGAAGAAAUAUCACACCAUCCAGGGAGGCAGGUGUGAGCUGAAGAUCGCCCAGCCGAAGGACGUGUACCAGCUGCAGCAGCAGCACGGAGGAGGAGGACGUGGAGGAGCAUACGGAGGAGGAGCCCGGGGAGGACGAGGCGGCCGUGGAGCUCAGAGUCAGGGCUGGAACCAGGGCUACGGAAACUACUGGAACCAGGGCUACGGUGGCCAGGGCUAUGGCGGCCAAGGCUACGGCGGCCAGGGCUACGGCUACGGUGGCUACGGCGGCUACGGCAACUACGACUACUCCUCUGGUUACUACGGAUACGGCUCUGGAUACGACUACACGGGCCAGGGGGCUGCCAGCUACGGGAAAACCCCGAGGCGGGGGGCACACCAGACCAGCUACAAGCCUUACUGAUGAUCCCCGGGACUCCAGUGAUCCGGUGAGACCGCCAGCUGAACGUUCGAACUGGGCCUCACCAGACCUCUUUUAUGACAGAAGACCAUUUGUACAGAAAACAUCUGAUAUGUAACUUUUCCACGUUUGUUUUUCUUUUUUUUAAAUUUCUUUGACCUUUCAGUUUUCUCUCCCCCUCCACAUUUCCACAGGAAGUGUAAUUUUUACUGUACUUUUUGGUACCUGUUUUGAUUCUAAUGUAUUGUAAGGUUGUAUUUUACAUGUCGGCUGGCUUUACAGGUUGGAAAUCGUGGCGCUGUAAAGGAAUUUAGUUUUCUUGGACAAAAGCAGUUUUCAGUCAUUUGUUUUGAAGCUUACUGGUUCAGGGGUGGAAGAUCCAAACCGUUGAUUGAACAGAAUUAGGAGUUUUAUUUUUCUUUGACGUUCGAGCCCUGCGAGCUUUGUGCCAGAAUCAAUGCAAACAUUUUGAAAUUACCGGUGAGGUCCGAAGCUGUAGGAUGUACCAUUAACUGGGUGUUUCUGUUCGAGUAUUUAAGUACUGCUGGUUUUAAAAUGUCUGUUUUUGAUUUUUGUUUUUUAAACUGAUUUCAUUUCUCCAUUGUAGUCUUCUUGGCCA